GUUAAGAAUAUUAAAUGAUGUUUUAAUUAAACGACUCGGUACGCAGACGAAGGGUUAAAUAGGAAACUGAGGGUAUCAAAGGGUAUCCUGUUUUUUUUCCUCCCAAGCAUUGAAGUCUCUGCUGAAGUUCAUAAGCAACGAUUGGCUCACGAUGACCAAGGAGACCGAAUGGGUGACGAUGAUAAACAUCGCCAGGUUCAACAGGAAGAUUGUAAAGAUGAGCACGAUACUCUGCUGCAGCGUAGUGCUCACUUACACAUUCCUACGGUUCUUCUCAAUGAAAUAUCAGGGAAAGAGUCUGCUGUUGCGCGCUUAUUUCCCUUACGACGUCGACGUCAGCCCAAAUUACGAGCUGACUAUGCUGGCUCAGCUCGUCGCUGCGUUUUACGCGGCUAUUUGUUACACGGCCGUCGACACGUUCGUCGCUACGCUAAUUCUACACAUUUGUGGACAGUUGUCGAACUUGCAACGUGAAUUAAAAGAGCUGCGAGGUCCCGACGAGAAGGAUUUCAAUGGAAGGAUUAUGAAAAUCGUUGAGAAACACGAAUAUCUGAACAGAUUCGCGGACAUGACAGAAAAUUGUUUCAAUAAGAUGCUUCUGAUUCAGAUACUCGGCUGCACCGUUCAACUGUGCUUUCAAUGUUUCCAAGCGAUCAUGCCGGCUGACACAGAGGAAAAUAAUUACUUGCUUGUACAAUUUCUAUUUUUGGUACUCUACGUAAUUUACGUGAUGCUACAAUUGUUCUUAUAUUGUUACGUAGGCCAGAAACUUUCUGCCGAGAGUAUAGCUAUCAUUAACGCGGCGUAUGACACCGAAUGGUACGACAUGCCUCCGAGGGACGCAAAAUUGUUGAUAGUAAUUAUGUGCCGAGCCAGAUUACCGCUGCGAAUCACGGCUGGAAAAUUCAGUUCUUUUACCCUAAAUCUGUACACCACGGUGCAUUAA